GGAAGGCCCGAGGCCAAGCAAGCGGUGAGAGGACGCAGAGAGCACCGGACCCACUGAGCAGCUCCAAGGCCAUGGCGGGACGCCCGAAGGAGAGGGUGGUCACAGAUGAGGUCCAUCAGAACCGGAUCUUGCGGGAGCUGUACCUCAAAGAGUUGCGAACCCAGAAACUCUACACACAGUACCACGUGAAUCCCCUGCGCAAAGUUCACAGGAUUACGAGGAAGCCCAUGUCUUGGCAUGAUAACCUGGAGGAGCCUGCAGAUGCUAGGUUUCUGAAUCUCAUUCACCACGCUGCCCAGGGGCCAAUGAAGAAGUACCCGGAGGCACAGACUGAAAACCAGGAAAUUGGGUGGGACUCAGAGCCCUUGAUCGACCCAGAACGCAGUGACCACAGGCUGAACCACUUCAGGGUCUACAAUGACAUCACUCUGUACAAAGCUAAAAUGUGGAGCUUGGGAGAAGAUGAUCGCCACAAGUAGCAUCUCAGCGGUGGAGUCAGUCCCUGGAAUUAAUGUCCUAAGUAUCCACUGCCUAGAAAAGUAAAUAUUAUUUUAACCCCCCCCGCCCCCUCUUCCAAAAUUCAUGGAUAAUGGCAAAAAUUAGGAAGCAUGAAAAAUAUGCAGAAGAAGGAAAUAAAAACUGACAUUAUCUCACCAUAUGGAAGUGACUAAUGUUAGCACUUUAAACAUUUCGUUUUUAAAAUUGACAAUAAAUUGCAUAUGUUUAUUGU